AUGCCGCUGAAGGUUCUGUCUGUGCUCGACGCCGCCAAGAUACGGUACUACCAUUUCAAGGCCAUCAUUGUGGCAGGGAUGGGGAUAUUCGCCGAUGCCUACGAUCUCUUCUGUAUCCCGCCGAUCACGAGACUGCUCGGACACGUAUACUACAAAUCCCGCGACCACCACAUCCUGCGUGGCGUUGAAGCAACCAUGCUGGCUGUUGCUCUCCUUGGCACAGUGAUCGGUCAACUCGUAUUUGGCCGGCUCGGCGAUCGCAUUGGGAGGAGGCGCGUGUAUGGCCUCUCCUUGAUGCUCAUGAUUACCGGCUCCAUCGGGUGCGGAUUAUCAGUGGGCACGACACAAGGUCGUGUCCUGGCGAGUCUAGGAUUUUUCAGGUUCUUGCUUGGGAUAGGGAUCGGAGGAGAUUAUCCGCUCUCGGCAACCAUCAUGGCGGAGUUUGCUAACAAGAGACUGCGUGGCGGAUUCAUAGCGGCCGUCUUCUCGAUGCAAGGGUUUGGGAUUCUGGCGAGCUCGAUUGUUACGAUGGUGAUGUGCACGAUAUUUGGCCAGAAAGAUCUCAAAACAAGUGAUGCUGAUCUCGCCUGGAGGUUGAUAUUGAUGCUUGGUGCUGUUCCGACCGCAUUAACAUAUUACUGGCGGAUGAUGAUGCCAGAAACUGCAAGGUACACCGCUUUGGUGGAGCUAAAUGUGCUCAAAGCUGCCCGGGACAUGGAGCCCGUCCUAGACGUGUCCUUGAGCCAGAUUGCCGAGGACCAUCUCAUCCCGCCGAGCCCGCCAUCCUAUCGUCUCUUCUCCAAGCAGUUCUUCCUCCUUCACGGCCGCGACCUCCUUGCCUGCUCCAUCUCGUGGUUCCUCCUCGACAUCGUCUUUUACAUCAAUAACCUCUGCCAACCCCACAUCUACAAAAUGUACCUGCAUAAAAUGUACCUGCACAAUGAGAAGGCCGGCGAAGCGCUCACCGCCUUCCAGGCCGCCGAAGCACUCACCGCCUUCCAGGCCGCCGAAGCACUCACCGCCUUCCAGGCUGCCUUUGAGGUCGCAAGGCUCCAAGCUAUUGUCGUGGUUGGCUCCACGAUCCCUGGCUACUUCGCUGCCGUCUACCUCAUUGACCGUGUCGGGCGGGUUAGGAUCCAAGCAGUCGGGUUCCUCUUCAUGGCCAUCGCGUACUUCUUCAUCGGAAACAUACAUUGGAAGCACCAUGGUGGGCUUUUCAUGUUCGUGUACUGUCUGACCUUCUUCUUCUCAAACUGCGGGCCCAACACGACCACGUUCAUCGUGCCGGCCGAGCUGUUCCCUGCGCGGUUCAGGUCGACGUGCCACGGGAUCGCCGGGGCCGUGGGGAAGGUCGGGGCAAUGAUUGGCGCCGUGGGGUUCUUGAUGGCGACACACAAUGACGACGAAUUUGGGUCUGACAUGACGUUGAGUAUGAGAGUUAUGCUGAACAUAUUGGGUGGGAUUUGCGUGGUGGGGAUGGUGGUGACCAUGUUGUUCACGAGGGAGACCAUGGGGAGAUCGCUUGAGGAGAAUGAGAAUGCGAAUGAGAGUAAGGAUGAGUCAUAA